UCUUUUCGGAAUCGCUGUUCUUAUUUUUCCUGUUCUAAAGCAAAAGCAUCCGGGCAAGAUAUAGACCAUCUCGAUUUCAAAAUUGUGGUGGAGCCAAAAGAUUCCUCAUCCUUUACGGUUAUCCUGGUGGCGUCGUCUAGGCAGGAGAAGGCUGCGUGGACCAGCGACAUCAGCCAGUGCGUGGAUAACAUUCGCUGCAACGGCCUCAUGAUGAACGCCUUUGAGGAGAACUCCAAGGUCACCGUUCCCCAGAUGAUCAAGUCUGAUGCCAGCUUGUAUUGUGAUGAUGUUGACAUUAGGUUCAGUAAAACGAUGAAUUCCUGCAAGGUCCUCCAGAUCCGCUAUGCAAGCGUGGAACGGCUCUUGGAGAGGCUGACGGACCUGAGGUUCCUGAGCAUUGACUUUCUGAACACGUUUCUGCAUUCCUACCGCGUGUUCACCACCGCCCUGGUCGUCCUGGACAAGCUCAUCACGAUCUACAAGAAGCCGAUCAGUGCCAUCCCCGCACGGUCCCUGGAGCUCCUGUUUGCAAACAGCCAGAACAGCAAGCUGCUCUACGGCGAGCCGCCCAAGUCCCCGAGGGCGAACCGCAAGUUCUCGUCUCCUCCUCCCCUCUCCAUCACCAAGUCCUCCUCCCCCAGCAGGAGGAGGAAGCUCUCCCUGAACAUCCCCAUCAUCACCGGGGGGAAGGCUCUGGAUCUAGCUGCCCUGAGUUGCUCCUCCAACGGCUAUGCAAGCAUGUACUCUUCCAUGGCGCCGUUUAGUAAGACCACUCUGGAUAUAAACAAACUGUAUGUGUCCAGUAGCUACCCCAACAAAAUCACGGAUGAAGGAGAAACGGCCUCAGACAAACCGGAGGAAUCGCUGCUGAACAAGCAAAGCUCAGAUGUGUCUGUCCGGGAAGAGUCGGACACCGACCCCAACCAGAGUGACGAAGCGGAAGCCGAAACGUCUCCAACAAAAUCUCCGACUACUCCGAAGUCCGUCAAGUGCAAAAAUUCAUCAGGUGACGAGGGCGCGAGCGCGGCCAGCUGCAGGGUUACUCACGCGGCGGCGCUCCUGGAGCCUGCCGCUGCAGAGCUGCUGAAGCACGCAGGCUUACAGCCAAAGCAGAAGUGA